GUUCUCGCCCUCUCUCGCGAGAUUGCAGCGCAGUUGUCGCAAUUCAAUGUUUCCUGCUUUCUAGUUACAUUUCUUCUAUUUUCAAGCACUGUUCAAGUUUAAUGGCCCUGAGGUCCAAUGGGUGUCCAUGGUCUGACCACUUAUGUGGAAGGGAACAGAAACUUCCUAAAAGAUGUGAAGUUCAGGGAUAGCCGCCUGAUUAUUGAUGGCUGCAGUCUGUAUUUUCGCCUCUACUUUACCCACUGUUUGGACCAGAGCCAUGGAGGCGACUAUGAUGCAUUUGCUUGCCUGCUCACCCAGUUCCUGUCGGCACUGGAAGCCUGCAACAUCCAGCCCUACGUAGUACUGGAUGGAGGUAUGGAUCCCAGUGACAAAAAGUUCACCACUCUGCGACACCGUCUGCAGUCCAAAAUAAAGGAGGCAGAUAAUUUAUCUCACGGUCGCAAUGGCUGUGUUCUCCCCAUCCUCACAAGAAAGGUCUUCAUUCAGGUCCUCAUGCAGAGAGGAGUCCCACUUGUCCAGUGUCCAGCAGAGGCCGACUGGGAGAUUGCAUGUUUGGCUCAUCAGUGGAAAUGUCCAGUUCUGACCAAUGACAGUGAUUUUUAUAUCUUUGACUUGCCAGGUGGUUACCUGCCACACCAUUUUUUCCAGUGGGCCAAUCUUAAUGGGAAAGCCUCAAAUCGGUACAUCUCAGCUCGGUGCUACACCACGAAUGGCCUCUGCAAACACUUUGGAGGCAUGAACCAGGAGCUGCUACCCUUGUGUGCUGUCCUUGCUGGUAAUGACUAUGGCACUCCAAAAGAUGCUGAAACACUCCUUGCUCUGUUAGACGUCAACACAUUAGGGAGAGGUGGUGGCAAGGGUAAAGGUCCAAACUCCCGUAUUGAGGGUCUCCUUCUCUGGCUGUCCUCUUUUUCAAGCCCGGCAGAAGCUCUGGAGGAAGUGAGCAGGCUGAUGGGAGAUGAAGGUGGACGAGGUAAAAGAGGACAGAAAGGUGGGCUCAGUUCACAGCUUUUGUCAGGUAUGCAGGAGUAUCACAUCACCUCUCCAAGCUCUCUGGCUCGCUGGUUCUCAGGAGGAAAGGUAGCUCCAGGAGGACAUACAUCUGGGCUUGCACAGUUUCCAGAGUGGCUUUCACAGGCUGCAGCACAGGGGCUGUUGUCCCCCUUGGUGGUGGAUGCUCUGGUAAUGCGUAGGGUUCUGCUGUUUCCACAGGUGGAGAACAGCAAACUCUCCAGCAGCCACUGUAGUGCCAGGACUAUACGUCAGGGUAUAUAUGGGGUAUUACAGAGAGGAGGCCAGGAUAAUGUGGGUCUGGGUGGUAGUGCACAGCAACGGAGGGGAGCAGGUGGAGCUGUCCAAGCCCAGGCUAUAAGGGUACAAGAAAACACAAGCAAGGGGAUGAGAGGUGAUGGAGGGCGAAGGUGUCAUAGUGGUGGAGGUAGGGGUCAGGGUAUACAUUUACCCAAACAGCAGGGAUCGAGCAUUGAACGAGCAGCUGGUGAAGAUUCCGUACAUGCUCCAGGCUCCACUGACCCAAUAAGUGUGGAAGAGUAUGACCGUCUGGAGCUAAACAUAAAGAAAAAUCAAGUGGAGGCACAUCCACCCAGAACCCCUAUAUGCCUGGAUACACUUGGUCAGGCUCCCGUGGCAGUGCGUCGUAAUAUCCUGUUAGACGUCUUAGAGGUGAGGGAGACGUCCCUGUCUGCCGUUCCUCUCCACCUGAGACUUGCUGUGGCAGUGACAAGUUUCUGGCUGAGAGCGGCCAUACCGACACCCUCACAGCACCACCUGCAGGCUUUGGUGCUGGGCCUGGUUUAUGGAGAGAACAACCAACCUGCUGCUACCCAUUACCAAUAUGCUGUCUCACAGAUAAACUGGGCUGCAGAGCGCAGUGUGUGGUCUAGGCUGUACCAACAACGUGCAAGACCAGGUGAGAGGCGGGGCUUGGACAUUGGAGUGGCUCACAGUUUCAGCCAAUGGCAGGCCUGCCUGUGGAGUGCACUGUGUUUCAAUCAGCUAUUGCUGCUGCCACUGCCUGAACCUCAACUGUCAUGGUUGUUCAGUGGUACCUUGGUGCAUGGUCUUCUCAGGUAUCUUAAAGGGGGAGGGGACGCGGAAUCUCUCCUAGCUGGGGGUUCCCUGUCUGGACAGCUCUACUCUUCCCUCUUGGAUGCUGUGAAGAAUUGCAGCUCCAAAGCCCAUACUUCCUCCUCUGCAGCGGGGAGAGGGAGGCGAGGCAAAGGCCGUGGAAGGAGAGGACGAGGGGGCGGUGGAAGAGGAGCUCGAGGAGGGGGGCAGGGGAUAGAGGAAAUAAACAGGUUUUCUCUCCUGAUGAAAGAGGAGUCAUCUAAUGACGACUGGUAAGGGAGGCAGAUAAACAAAAUCAUAUUUUAUCGACAUAAGGGGCCAAAUGAAGGAGGACAUUCCAGUGGUGUAUAAAACAUGCUCAGGGAGUGAUACUUUCAUUUUCAAGAGCAUUAACACCGUUUCAUGUUUACCACUGUGCUUCAUCCUUAAAAACUGAUUUGCACUAGUUGUACCUGCUUUUAAUGUCCAUCUCAAGUCAUAUGUAUCAGUGUUUUUGUUUUCCUAAACCACAAUUGUAUUACAAUAUUUCAGCAGAUGAUUCUUUGAUAAGUCUUGUUGGUGUAAUUCAUGCAGCUUUUUCCAACAGUCUUGUAAUGUCAUUUUAAUAAGCCACAUUAUGAAAUGUUUUAUGUCAGCAGCUUUAUUGCUUGCUUUGAGUUGUUUACUCUUUUUAUAUUAAAAAUUAUAAAUCAAA